AUGGACGUUAAAAACUCCUUGAACCAUGUGCAUACUUCGGUUGAGGGACUCACUAACAAACUGACCGAGAUCGAUCGGGAAAUUCAGUCUCUUCAAAAAACUAAGGAUGAUGUUGUACGUGUUGAACAUCUAUUGGAGAAGCUUGAGGUCGCUGUACGCGAAAAUCAGCAAAGAUCGCGCCUGAACAACAUUGAGAUCAAAGGCGUUCCUGUAACCUCGUCUGAAAAUCUUUUUACUAUUAUUUCCAAUAUUGGUAGUAAAAUAGGUUACGAAGUUCCUAAGGAGCAAAUCAGCUACGUAGCAAGAGUAUCUCAGCGUAAUAAUAAAAACAUCAAAAACAUCAUUGUAUCACUUCACACCCGUUACCUGAGAGAUAAUUUUAUAGCUGCUGCUAAAAAAUGUAAAACUUUAACUGCUGCGGAUUUAGGAUUGAGAAGUGAUAGCAGGAUUUUCAUCAAUGACCACCUUACGUUUGAGAAUAAACAGCUACUUAAUAAGACAAAAGCUCUUGCUAGGGAGAAAAAUUUUUCUUAUACAUGGGUAAAAAACUGUACAAUUCUAAUGAAAAAGAAUGCGACAUCUCCUACAUAUGCAAUAAAAACGGAAGCAGAUUUAAAGAAGAUUUUCUGA